GUUUGCUGAGUAAGAGCGGUUUGAGCGUGAUGCAUCUUGGAUCAGCGCCCGCCAGUGAGAAUACAUCGAAUUCGAACGGUAGAAGAAAAGAAAGUGCAAAGUAAGCCAAAGCUUUUCGAUAUUGCACCCAUCCACAAUGGAUAAAUUGAUUUACGCCACAGUCGUCCUCGUUCACCUGUGCUCACCUGGACUGACCAAGGAGACCACGUCCCACGGAGCGCUUCAGAUGUUCAGCUCCGUCAACACCCCCGCCAAACAGGGCGAGAGUGAGGGCGUGCGGCGCCUCGUCUCGGUGACUAACGGGGAGCUGGCGAUGCCCUUCCGGGAGUGCGGGUACGUCUUGUGCAACGUCUCGGAUGCUUUCACCAACGAGACCACGCACCUCUGGGAUUACUACGUCGACUGGGAGCUCCCCGCCGCGGCGCAGGCCAGCGGGAGCGUGUUCGUGCUGGCCAACAGGUUCCAGAUGCCCCGCUCGUACCUGGUCUUCACGGGCUUCACCGCGGACUUCGCCGGCGACUACAAGUGCGUCCUUAACUUCCGUCUGGAGCCCGUGUCCUCCGUCAGCCUCAGCCUCAGCCUGGCCGAGGGCACCGCGCUGAGGGACUGCAGCAAUGUGCCCGCCUGAGCACGGGUCGCGGGGCGGCGAGUCGCUCCCAGCGGAGGACUCGCUCUCAGCGUCAGGAGAGGAUUGCAAAUACAGCGCCUGUCAGUGUGUGAAACGCUGAGGCCAGUGUGACACUUUUCUACUUUUGUUGACUGUGAUAGAAUGCUUUACUUAUAUUUCUCGAUGAAAAUGAAGGUGUCUCACAUUGAUGCAAAAUAACUGACAAACUUGAAAUACUGUAUGCAGUGCAUGAUCACGAAAGUACCCUGAUGUAGGAAAUACAAGAUACGUAAAUUGUAUAAAGAUAAAAAGAAGGAAAAUCAAAAUUUGCGUCACGGUCGCAUUUUUUAAACCAAAACAUUU